AUGGCUCCUGACCUAUGUAUGAAGGAGGAGAACAUAAUGCUCAGUCUGCUGAUUCCAGGACCACAUCAACCGGGUAAUAGUAUAGAUGUUUACUUAGAGCCCUUGAUUGAAGAUUUAAAACAUUUGUGGUCAAUAGGCGAGCCAGCAUACGAUGCAGUUAGUAAGACUACCUUUACCCUUAAGGCAAUGCUACUUUGGACUAUUAGUGAUUUCCCGGCUUAUGGGAAUCUUGCUGGUUGUAAAGUGAAGGGUAAAAUGGGUUGUCCUAUAUGCGGGAAGCACACAGAUAGUUUGUGGCUGAAGAAUAGUAGGAAGUUUGUAUUUAUGGGCCACCGGAAAAGUUUGCCUCCCUUGCAUAGUUUUAGAGGAAAGAAGGCUUGGUUUGAUGGGAAAACAGAACAUGGGACGAAGGGAAGGCUACUCACAGGCAGGAAUGUCUCAUUUGUGUUGAGAAAUUACAAGAAUGUUUUUGGUAAUAGAAAACAGGCUGGGAAAAAGAGGGCUACUCGAGUUGACAUACCAUCUGAUAAUGAGGAGGAACUAAGUGGAUCUGAUGAGGAUGAAGAUGUCGGAGAUAAAGACGAAGAGGAAUUGUCUAGAUGGAAAAAACGUUCCAUUUUUUUCUCAUUGCCUUAUUGGGAGGAGCUUCCUGUUCGGCAUAAUCUAGACGUUAUGCAUGUGGAGAGGAAUGUGGCUGCAAGCUUGAUUGCGACAUUGUUACAUUGUGGCAAUUCAAAGGAUGGUCUAAAGGCUAGAAAGGAUCUUGAAAGUCUUGGUAUCAGGAAGGAUUUGCAUCCAAAAGCUCAGGGAAAAAGGACAUUACUUCCACCAGCUCCCUGGUCUUUAUCAAAGUCAGAGAAACACAUCUUCUGUAAGCGGCUCUAUGAUUUUAAAGGUCCUGAUGGCUACUGUGCUAAUAUAUCUAGUUGUGUAUCAUUAGAGGAGUGUAAGGUGAUGGGACUCAAAUCUCAUGAUUACCACGUCCUAAUGCAACAACUGCUGUCAGUAGCAAUCAGGGGCUUACUACCUAAGGGUCCUAGGGUAGCCAUUCUCCGCUUAUGUGCUUUCUUCAACCUUCUAUGCCAACGAGUAAUCGAUAUGGAACAACUCCAGCAAAUGGAAUCCGAAAUCGUGGAGACUCUCUGCAUUUUUGAAAGAUUUUGGCCACCCAGUUUCUUCGACAUCAUGGUUCACUUGUGUGUGCAUCUAGGCAGAGAAGCUCGACUUGGUGGUCCGGUCCAUUUCCGAUGGAUGUAUCCAUUUGAAAGGUAUAUGAAAGUCUUGAAAGACUAUGUCAGAAACACAGCAAGACCAGAGGGGUGUAUAGCUGAGUCUUAUCUUGCAGAUGAGUGCAUGAAGUUCUGCUCGGCUUUCUUGACUACUUCAACAAAUAUAUCUAUUGAUUCACCUGAUGAGGAAGACACUCUGAAGUGGCUGGCUUAUGGUCCUCGUAGUAUAGCCAGAUCUUACACAGGAUACAUUGUGAAUGGGUUACGAUUUCACACAAAUGUGGUCCAUAGGCUAAGUCAGAAUAGUGGUGUUUACUAUGAGGCAACAGCAAUGUGUAGAUCUAGUGCAAAGGACACAUCUCAGGUGGUCGACGUUGUAUCCUACUAUGGGAGAGUAGUUGAUAUUAUAUUACUAGACUACAAUGGCUUCUACGUCCCAAUAUUCAAGUGUGAGUGGGCAGUUAAAGGUAACGGUGUGAAAGUGGAGGAUGGCUUUACGCUGGUUAAUUUUAAUCACAGCCACAUAUCCUUUGCAAAGGAUCCAUUCAUUUUAGCAUCUCAAGCGAGACAAAUAUUUUACUCAAGGGACACAGAUGAAUCGAGUUGGUAUGUAGUUAUGAAGGGUCCAUGUAGAAGAUACAGUGAUGAGAAACCUGAAGAUGGACAUGCAGAUGUAGGACCACUGCCUUCGGAUAUAGAUAUGUGUCUUGAAGACAUAUCAGAUGAGGCUGAGAAUGUCAGAGAUGAUUGUGAAGGAAUAUACGUUUGA